ACACACACACACACACAACAUACACCACAAACACACACACUCCCUCUUUCCCGCCCUCUAGCGCUGGCACAAUUCUCGCCCCUCCUCCUCUCAUUUCUCCGCGGUCGUUAGCCGCCCUCCUCUUCCUCCUCCAAACCCCGUGACGGCUCUCGAGACACGCCCUGUGAGGCGGCGGCGCCGGCAGAAGCAACGGCGUGACGGAUCGCCGCGUUCGCGAGCCAGCUGGCUAACGCUCAGUUGGCGGGAGUAGCUUCUCACCCUGGAGGAGAGCGCGAGGGAGCGACUCAGUUUCGCUUCCCCACAACGGCGACGAAGGGAGGGAUGGGCUCAACCGAAGAACUGCUCCUGCCGCCGGAGUAUGUCUUCGAGAGGGAGUGGGAGCCGGCGCCAUCGUUGUCGUCUUUGGGUGGGAGAGCAGCAGCUCGACACAGGCGGCGGCGGCAGCAACAGCAGCAGCAGCCGCCGCCUCCUGAGGACGAGGAGGAGGAGGAACAGCAGGUCCAAGAAGGAAGAGACAGUAUCGAACCUAUUAUAGAUGACUAUAAAAAAAUGGGAACUCUCUUUGGAGAGCUCAACAAAAGCCUCAUCAGUAUUGGCUUCACAAGGAUGUAUUUUGGAGAAUGGAUUGUGGAACCUGUAAUAGUCAUAUUCUUCUGGAUUAUGCUUUGGUUCCUUGGUUUACAAGCUCUUGGACUUGUUGCAGUCCUGUGCCUUGUCAUUAUUUAUGUUCAGCAAUAAAGUACAAUGGAUGGUGGUUGAACAAUAUGUCAUCUCUUAGUGGAUUUACAUGCGUAGCCAAACAAGAAUGGUAUAUUAUUAGCUGAUAAGCUGAACAUUAUAUAGCCAUUAAAAUUAUGCACUCUUUCUGUUAUCUUUGCAAUUAAAGCAAAGCAAAAAAACUAAUGCGUCAUGAAUAGAUGAGUAAAGGGGAUCUUAAUACAGGACAGUGGAACCUAAACUUUUGAAUAAAAGCUACUGAAUCAAUGUAGUUCCUGUGUUUUCCAGUUCUGGAAGAUCCUUUGGGUAUGGAAACAAACUUGUCCAAAUUAGGUUAGCAGUUAUUUUAUAUUUGUGCUAUGACAACUUUCAAACAAUACUUUUUGUAUUGGGAACUAAACUUUUUAAAAUGCCAGUUUAUAUGAGCUUUUAUGUUUCAUAAUUGUACAGUAUAUCAUCCUGGAAAUCUCUGCAGAGUUCUUCAGCAUUGUGUGUUUGUUCAUUUUCAGUCUUAAGCAAGUAUGCUUCUGUAAGACUGACGUCAUUUAAUUCUUUGUGUGUGUGUGUAUAUACUGUAUACAUAUAUAUGAAAAAUGACAUUUAGUAGAUAAGAGGUAAUACUCUUGCAGUUUUUCUUCCAUGUCGUGUUCUGAUUGUACCAGUUGAUAAAAGAAAAUGUUUUUUUUAAAAAAAUUUGUAACGGCUUUCUAACUUCCUACAUCUUAUUUAUGAAACUUUUAUAUGCAAGAAUUAGAUGCAAGAAUCACACAAAAUAUAGUGGCUAUAAUCUUCCAUGUGCUUCUUUUAAGAGAUGGGGUCAAAGUUUGCUUAUUGAGGGGAUUCAACAAACAAAUUCCCUAUGUUUGAACAUGCAAAGCCCAUCUUGAAUUAGGCCCAGACUCGUAAUGACGCAAAAUGUUCUUGCUGCCACUCUGUAGCAAAGGUACCCUGGAGUGCAAAGGCUCACUGCAAGACCAUCAUUAGACCUUAAAAUGAUGCUGAAAGUGUUUUUAUUCUUAUUAGUUGAUCUGCAAAUGAAGGAUUCUUUGAAUGAGAAGGAUGGGGAAAUACUAGAGAAAAGUGUAGUUAAUUGUUACAGUACAGAUGUAUUGUCUAUGCAAUCAGUCCCCUUCCACAAACAGUAGUCCUUCCAUUCACAGAAGGGUCUUUGGUCUAGUGGAGGCCUCAGCUAAUGGAAGGGGAAGGCAAUUUUUGCUGAUUCCCCUUUCUCCCUCCAGCUGCAUUGCUGUACCUCCUAUGCUGUUCUGGAGGGUUUCCCCAUCCUCUUGAGCACAUUUUUGUGAGGUACAGAGGGGGAGGAAGAAUCACUGAAAAUCCCUCCCCCUCCCGUUGAUGUUUCCAUUGAAUCAAAAGUCAUUUUGCAAACAAACUCACCAUUGGAUACAACCCAAUGUAAUUAUUUCUGCAGUUUUCAUUCUAUUCAUACUCUAUAAUACCAUGGAUCACAUAAUUGAUUUUUCCUUGCAACAUAGGUGUUAAAACUCUCAUGGUUGAAAUUUGUUAACUCUUCAAGAUUGUGACAUAUAUUUUGCACAUUUACAUGAAUUUCUCAUCUCCAUUUUAUUCACAAAAUUAAUGUCUAUAAUAACUGUGAACCACCUCUUUUCUCCUGUACAACUAGUGUCAUGAAAACGUUUUAAACAGAGAAGUAUUUGAUCUUCCUAGUUUUUGUUAAACUUGUAGCAACUACAGGUGAUCUCUUAUGGGUACUGUGGCUCUAUUAUAUGCAGCUAAAACUCCUUCACUUGUUGUAUCUUUCCUAUUUGUGCCAUGGGAAGUCUGUACAAAGAGAUGGAUGUAGAGAGUUGCAUCCAUUGAAAUGAAUGAGGAAAGCCCAUACAUACAGGAAUUCCAUGUAAGCAGUGCAGCACAACUUGGGCUUGGGUUCAAGGUUUCCAUGCUUGGGACACAUUUUUAUGGCUAUGUAUUAUCAGAAGAAGAAAAAUGCCUGGUUCUAAUGUAGAAUUUGAAGAAUGAUUUGGCAGAAAAUAUUGCAUUGAAAAAGAUGAGGAACAGUCCCUCAAGUUUUGUUUUUAAAAUGUCUGUUGGCUACUAGGGAUGGGAUCCAUUUGUGCAUCUUCAAAAGCAUCCCGUCGACCUAACAGGCAGUAUCGAUUCAAGUUUGUUAUUUGUGUGUUGCUCUGACCAGUCCAAUAUUUUCUACCCCCACAAUUGAUAUUAAUAUCAGUAAUUUAGAAAGGAAAUACCAAUGCAUGAAAGAAAGGAUCAAUGUUUUGAAAGGAAAUAUUAAUAUUUUGAAAGCAAAGGAAAGUGGUUUCUCCUCCUCUGCUGUGACUGAGGCGGGUCAGUUUUCUUGUUAGCAAACACAGACUGGCUGUUUUUCUUUUGGAAAGAAAAGAAGAAAAAUAGCUUUCAGUGCUCUUCAUCCUCCACUUCCUCCUGUGUAAGCCUAGAGUCCUUAACAUGGAAGAGACUCUCUAGGUCUAGACUUGCCUUUUAAUCUCUGUUAUAGGCUUGGCUUGCUUUCUCCCUCUUGAAGCUUGGAUUAUUCAAGUGGAGGAGGUGGGAGAGAAAGAGGAAAAAAAACUACUGCUGUGGUGUGUGUAAAAGAACAAUAUAUUUGGGGGGAGGGGAAUUCAGUGUCUGGAAAGCUGCUGAAGGAUCACUCUGCAAACAUGAAGAAUAUGCAGACAAUUGAAAAAUUCAGUGCUAAAUCUACAUUCAGUUGAAUUCUCACCCAUCCCUAUUGGCUACAAAGUUCAAUGCUAUUCCUGUUGAAAUGAUUAGAAGAUAUGUAGGAAGGGAACAGUUUUAGGUUGCUAUAAAAAUGUUUGUUGUGAAGAGAAUAACCAUAACCCAAAUCUAAACUUUGCAUAUAUGUAUAUUUAUUCAUGUGAAGAUAUUUAAGGUAUUAAAAUGUUUUUGAAGUAUAAUACAUAGAUCCACAUUUGGAGAUAUUUCCACCUUGAAUGAUUUAUUACUCAGUGCUGUAUGUGUAUAUAUAAUUGUUUGUCUCUAUACAAGAGACUGUACAAGAAAAUUGGCAGGAUCCAAAGGCCCACAUGCUUCAUUUGCAGACACUGCUUCUUGCUCCAACUCUUUUGUGCUGAAAUACCAUAUCCAAGGGGUGAUUAAACCCUUCAGAGCUGCAUGUGAUGUGGUGCAGGUGAACAUACUCAGGCACAGAAAUCAAUGACCUCCCAUCUAUGUGUGCAAAAGCUUUAUGGUCAUACACAGGUGGUUUUGGUACACAGACUAAUAAUAGACUGUUGGAAUCUCACUUGCACUGAAAAGCUGCAACGCACAAACUGACAAGGUUAAAUUAUUUCCUUAGAUAUGUUUCUAUAAAAAUGUACUUUGAAAGCACUCUGUUAUGUUUUCUAAUAAAAUACUUUAUCAUGACACAAA